CAGUGGCCACUAGAGGGCAGUGAAGCACCGCUUGUGUUUCUAAUACCAACGAAGAAGAACGCGAGUCUCAUAAGCAAGCGACAGAGAUGGCUGCCUAUGCGCUGCUGCGCUCCAUGUCUUCCAGCUUUCCCUCUGUUUUACCGCUGCUCUCCCGCUCGGGAUCCCUGUCUCCUGCACCGCUGGCAAUCACACCCUUUUUCCGAAGGACUUUAGCGUCUUCCAGCAGAUUCUCUGCAGCACUUAAAUUCACAGACAAACACGAAUGGGUUCGAGUCGAAGAUGACGGAGUAGGGACAGUCGGCAUAAGCAACUUUGCACAAGAAGCCCUGGGAGAUGUAGUUUAUUGUGGACUACCAGAGGUGGGAACAGAGUUGGUCCAGCAAGAUGAGUUCGGAGCUCUAGAAAGUGUCAAGGCAGCCAGUGAGCUUUAUUCCCCAUUGACAGGAGAAGUUGUAGAAGUUAAUUCACUGCUGGCGGAUAACCCUGGUUUGGUAAACAAAUCUUGCUAUAAAGAUGGUUGGCUGAUGAAGAUGACCAUCGCCAAGCCUGCUGAGCUCGACAGCCUAAUGGAUGAGGCGGCGUACGAGAGAUACAUCCGCUCCAUUGAAGAUUAACUUAGCAUUUCUUAUUAAGUGCUGCGCACCCUCCUCUCUUCAAAAUGACUGGCGGUAGACGUGCCCGUCACUUACAAACGCUUUAUGUCGAGCAGUGGAGCUUCACAGCUCCGGACUGCUGAACUGUCAGUGUAUUAGAUCUGUUAACUUUAGGAGUCUUCUUCCUACAGACACAUCUGUAGCAGGCGCGUCCGCCUGCGUCGACUAAAAACAUCUAUAUAUGUGGCGCCUUGAAUCCCCAAACAAUGGUGAUGGUGACUUAAUAUCUCUAGAUUAAUUUCCAGUCAUUUCAAUGAUAUGACGACAUAGAAUUCAGAUUUAGUACGCUGUUAAAUGAGAAAAUGCACUUUGUUCUUUGUAAUAAUAAUGUUAGCAUGCACUGGAGGUUUGAGUGAUGAACUGUGUGCACAUGGGACCUUUACAAUUAGAAAAUAAACAUUUCCUCAUGGGUUCUUA